AUGUCCGCCCGUCGUCCGAUCUACAUCAACCCUGCGGCCGGCCCUCUGCGCCACCACGAGGAGUCCCGACAAACCAGCGACGUGCGCGAUUUCCACAAGUCUCUACCCGGUUACGCACCCUCCCCUUUAGUCCCCUUACCCGCGCUGGCGCAGGAACUUGGCGUUCGGGCAGUCUUCGUCAAAGACGAGAGCAAUCGGUUCGGACUCCCGUCGUUCAAAGUCCUCGGUGCCUCGUGGGGCUGCUAUCGCGCGAUUGCGCAAGUUCUGGGUCUCGAGCCGACGAUCGGACUGGGUGGAUUGAAGGCUGCAUUGGCGGGGAAGGACGUGUCGGUGUUUGCGGCCACUGAGGGCAAUCAUGGUCGGGCGGUUGCGUUCAUGGCGAAGUUGUUGGGGAUUCCCGCGAGGAUCUUCGUGUCGUCGAGUAUGAGUGAGGGGACGAGGGGGUCAAUUGCGAGUGAAGGGGCGAUCGUGCAGAUUGUGGAGGGGUGUUAUGAUGCGGCGGUCACCGAGGCGGAUUCUGCGGCAAAAGCGACGCCUGGGGGUGUCCUGGUGCAGGAUACGGCGUUCGAGGGCUACGAGGAUGUGCCGGCGUGGAUUGUCGAGGGGUAUUCGACGUUGAUGGCCGAGGUGGAUGAGCAGUUGGCGGACCAGGCGCUGCGAUGUGAUCUGAUGAUUACCCCUGUGGGGGUUGGGAGUCUGGCGCAUGCGGUGACGAGGCAUUGUAAAGAGCGCGAUGAUGGGCCUGUCUCAGUGGUCGUCGUCGAGCCGGAGACGGCGCCUUGUCUAUAUGCGAGUCUGAAAGCUGGAAGGGAACUCACAGUGGAGACGUCCGCAACGAUCAUGAACGGCAUGAACUGCGGGACGGUGUCAACUACCGCGUGGCCGGAUCUGCAGCGCGGCGUGGAUGCCUCGGUCACCGUCUCGUCGUUUGAGACGCACUGCGCGCUGGAGUAUCUGGCGACGCGCUCGGUGACGGCGGGACCGUGUGGUGGUGCGUCGCUGGCUGCAUUGCGACGGUUAAGCCAGGCGCCAAAAGCCAGUUCAUUACUGAGAAAGGAUUCUGUUCUGGUUCUCCUAAGCACCGAAGGCGCUCGACCGUAUCCCAUCCCGAGGGACGUUUCGGUGGAUGAUUCCGUCGGUCUCACCCAAGCUCUCACGCAGAUCAACUCCUCCAACCCGUCCCUGUCCGUGACGGACGGAGUCGGCGAGACCGGAAUCGCAGACUAUCUGGCCGAGUGGUUCGCGUAUCGCGAAAUUGAGCAUCACCGACUGGAAACGGUGUCCGGACGGCCGUCGAUCGUGGGCAUCUUGCGCGGCACCGGAGGCGGCCGAUCUCUCAUGUUCAACGGCCACGUCGACACCGUCAGUCUUUCCACUUACGAGAAGGACCCUCUAUCAGGGGCGUUGGGCGAACGCAACUGCCAGCCCGUCGUGCUGGGACGCGGUAGUCUCGACAUGAAGGGCGGUCUCGCAGCCGCCAUGGCUUCGGUAUCUAGCAUCAAAGCCAGCGGCAUCAUUCCCAGCGGGGACGUGAUCAUUGCCGCCGUCUCCGACGAGGAGGACGCCUCUCAAGGCACGCGCGAUCUCCUCGCCGCAGGCUGGCGCGCCGACGUAGCCGUCGUCAUGGAACCCACCAUGGGCGAGAUCAUCACAGCGCAUAAGGGUUUCCUCUGGGUAGAGAUCGACAUCCUGGGAGUAGCUGCCCAUGGAUCCGAUCCCUCCAGCGGCGAAGACGCCAUCCUCUCCGCGGGUUGGUUCCUGCGCGCUCUCGAGCAGUACCAAACCCAGCUCCCCGUCGACGACACAUUAGGACAGGCAUCCCUACACUGCGGACUGAUCCAAGGCGGCGAAGAACCGUCAUCCUACCCAGCCAAAUGCACUAUCACAGUGGAGUUCCGAACCGUCCCCUCCCAAACCAGGGAAUCCAUCCUCAGCGACCUAUCCACGUUAUUGAAAGAGAUCAGCAACGAGAACCCCCGUUUCCGGUCCUCCGAACCUCGCAUCACGAUGUCCCGUCCGACGCAGAAGUUGCCGAAUCACCAUCCGUUCGUCACACAGGCCGUUGAGUGCGCGGGUUCCGUGCUCGGGAAGUCUCCUAAGAUAAGCACGGCCCCGUUCUGGUGCGAUGCUGCCCUGUUGACCGACGCUGGGGUUCCGGCGAUCGUGUAUGGCCCUAAGGGCCAGGGGUUGCAUGGAAAGGAGGAGUGGGUGGAGGUGGGGAGUCUACGAGAGCAGGAGGGGGUUUAUACGAGGUUUAUUCGGGAGUUUUGUCAGUGA